AUGACUUUAAACUAUAUCAGUGUAAACUCUUAUAAGAAUCGUUUACACCAUUGCAAAAUGACGGACGAACGGAAUUUUCGUUCGUCUUAUUAUGAAAAGGUUGGAUGCCGGGGGGUGGAAGAAAAGAAAUCGUUAGAAAUACUAAUGAAAGAGAAGCCUUGGGAUAAAGUGAAGUUAAAACAGUUCUGUUUAAGAUUUACAGUGCCUGCAGCGUACAGGAAUUUGGUAUGGAAGGUAUUAUUGGACAUACUGCCUGUGUACCCAGACUCACACCAGUUUGUAAUGGAACAGCGCACAGAACAGUACCAAGAUCUUUUAUAUGCAGUUGAAAAGUUUGAUUUUGUGUCUACGGACGCUCCAAGGACCCAAGUGUUGUUUGAAAUGUGGUUACUAGAAAAUGAGGAGAGGAAACCACCACUUUUCCCGGAAACUAAUUUCUCAUCAGCUGAAACAUUUAUACCCAUAGUAAAUACAUUACUAGAGCUGUAUGACGAUGAAGUGGAUGUGUACUGGCUGGCUAAAAGCCUCACCGAUGUAGUACGCAACAUGCAGAGGGAGCUGCCGAAACUCAAAGAGGCAUUCAUCACAAUGCUUGAAAAGGAAGACGGAGAUGUAUUUAAUCACCUGGUGGACAUCAAUGCUAUGGAAGUGUUGCCACUCACAAAAUGGUUCAAUUGUUGCUUUGCUGGUAUUUUAGAUGACACAUCCCUUACAAAAAUUUGGGACAAGGUAUGCAGUGGUGCACCAAAGAUCCUCUCGUUUGCUGCUGUUAUGCUAGUUAUUACACUACGCAGAAACAUACUUCGAUCCAAACAUUCUGAUGAGGUGCUGAAAUGUGUCUCACAGAUUCCAGAACAAUGUGAGGAAGUAGUGGCCAAUAAAGCGAUCGAGCUGUGGCAGUACUAUGGCGCACAGCCACAGAAUGACACUCUGGCUAAGAAAUGA